AUGCGCCCUCAGGCGGACCGCGAAGAAGAGUCGCUCGUCGACGUGGAGAGCGACGCUCCCGAUGCCAUGGACGACGGCCAGACUACACCCUCCAGCGAGGGGACGCCCCUUCUGCACAACACGGACCUGCCGCCCGAUGUUGCGCCCGACAAAAAGUUUCGGCGGCUCGUCGUGGCCAUGUGCACUGUCCUGCUCUUCAUCGUCGAGGUCAGCGUCUUCAUCAUGGCGCCGCCGACGCAGCAGAUCAUGGAGGACAUCAUCUGCCGGGACCGGUACCCGGACCACCUCUUGCGCAUGCCGAGCGUCGAGGACGACCGGUGCAAGAACACGGACGUGCAGCAGACACUGGCCAUGGUGCGAUCCUGGUCCGCGUCCGGCGAGAUGCUCAUCCCUCUUCUGGUGCAGGUCCCUUACGGAAUUGUCGCGGACAAGUAUGGACGAAGGACCGUCUUGUUCUUGUCUCUCUUUGGUUGCGUGCUUCAGAUGGGGUGGAUCAUGAUUGUUUUGUUUCUCCCCAACGUCUUCUCCAUCUGGGCGAUGCUCUACGGCAACCUGGCCUUCUUCAUCGGAGGCGGAGGACAAAUGGCCGGCGCCAUGGUGUGGACGAUCUUGGCCGACGCCGUCCCCGUCGCGGAGCGCACCGACGUCUUCUUUCGCCUGUACGCCUUGACGCUCGUGCUCGCCGUCGUCGUCAAUCCGAUUGCGGCGAUGCUGCUCAACAUCGACCCCUGGAUCGCCAUGUGGCUUGGUUUCGGCAUCCUUGUCCUCGGAAUGUUCUCGUCGCUGCUGGUCCCAGAAACACUCCGUCUGCGGCAGGCGGCGGACAGCAAGCGGCGCGCGCGGAGUCGAAGCCGCAGUAUCGGCCGGCGUGAUGAACCGGUGGCCGGCAAGAAGAGCAAGCUGCAACAGACGUGGUUUGCCGUGAGAAACGACAUGGGCCACAUCUGGCGCUUCAUAUUUGCGUCCAAGAGCAUCAUGAUGCUGAUUGCUGCAUAUGGCCUCUUCUUCCCGGUCAAGCUCAACGUAACGUUGAAUAUUCUGCAGUACAUGACCAAGCGCUUCAACUGGAAGUGGUCGACGGCCACUCUCAUCUCGACCAUUGGCAACCUGACGUCCGUCGUCGUGCUCCUCGUCAUCCUGCCCCUCGCUUCAUCCUACCUGACCAAGCGCUACGGAUACGACGCCCUGCGUCGGGAUUUGUACCUCAGCCGCGUGUCUGUCGUGCUCGUCGUGACUGGAGGGUUCAUGCUCGCCUUCGCGGCGGUUCCGUGGCUGCUUGUGUCGUCGCUCAUCGUGACGAGCAUGGGCAUCGGGUUCACGAUGCUCUGCCGCGCGCUGCUCAACGCCGUGGUCGAGCCGCACACGGUGGCGACGCUCAACACGACCAUCUCGACCAUGGAGACGCUGAUGGGGCUCGUGGGCGCGCCGGCGCUGGGCUGGCUGAUGAGCCGCGGGAUGGAGCUCGGGGGCCCGUGGCUGGGGCUGCCGUACCUGGUGACGGCGAUAUGCUCGGCGCUGGUGCUGGUGGCGGUGUUUGCGUUUAGGAUCCCGGCUGGCUUUGCGCAGGCGCAGCUGUGA